AUGGCGGCAACCAUCGCUCCACCCGUAGGUGGGCCGUCGCCGCCCUCGACAGCCGCAGCGAAAGACAGUACUUCAGGGGUGCGCCGACCUCUACACCUUCGUCUAGGUGUGGGGAGGAAGGAGGCAUCCCCGGACGGGCCCUUCCAUGAAAGCCUGUCAGAGGACGAUAGUCGUGGAAGUGAUUCCCCACGCAGCGGUCCUCAAACAAUGACUUCCUUUCCAUGUACGCAACAUUCUCCACCCUCAUCUUCCCAACUAGCAUACUUGGAUGAAGCCCUUCCUUUCUCGCUCUCUAAGUUCCGCGAACGCAGUAACCGAGCCGAAGCCGAGCGAAGGAGUCGCCAGUGGCUCUCCGGUACCUUGGCUUUGUUGGGGGGGGUGAUGGCCGUGUUUUUCGCGGCGUACCAACUACGGUUUGCCUUACCAACGCUUAAGAAAGGAUCCGACUCGAGCGUGUCUGCAGGGAGUUCGCGCCCCUAUGAUUCGACGUCUUCCCCCUCUGGAACAGGCGCUGCUCCACCGGGGGUCGCCGGUAGCAUACAGGAGGCUGUAGGAUCCAAAGUUACACUCCGGCGUCAGUGGAUGUUUGGAAUUUUCGCAAUUGCACUUUCUAUUUACUCCGCCAUGUUUGUCUCAAAGCUGCACGCAUGGAUACUGGGCGUGCGCCGCUGGUUGCAUCCCAAGAAACAUCGCCUACCCCUGCUCACCGAGGUCGAGGAGGAAUUUGCAGAGCUGUACAGUAUUAAAGAAGAGUCCGUGAAUACAAAGGAUGACUUUGGUGGGGCCGAUCCAUUGGCCAUCACAGCCAUCCGCAAGUGUCUGAAUGACUACAGAGCACUCAGCAGGGGCACCCAUCAGUCUGCAUUUGCAAUUUUCUUCUACCUCGCAGCGCAAAGUCGGAGGCGGCAAAUCGAUUAUUCCUUGUACAGAAAGUUGUGCGACGCCCUCCAUGCAAAAGUGGAACAGAACAGGCCAAUACUGAGCGAAGAAGUUGCCGAAGUGCUGACGAGACAACGCGCGCUGCGGCACAAAUACUGCCUCAUGAAAGAUGACAUCACCUUUGUUUUACGCGAAGAAAAUUUACCUCCUUGCCUUUGUCAGGAGGAGCUAGAGUUUCUCACCAGAGACUUCCGCCCAGCAUUGCUCGAGCUCGCCAACCACACUAUAUACAGCCUAGACAUGGAUCGCAGGUUCAUUCAUGCGUUCGUCAAGGUGCAUAGCAGCUCCCAGAAUGCGUGGCAUGAGGAUGAAAACGCAUCAGAUAAUACUCCGAAGGAGACAGCUGAGCAAGAAGACCUGCCGGAUUCGUUGCAGCAGAGAGAGGACCAGCAGGCCGGCGAGGAGGAAAACAAAACCACUGCCGAAGACCUGACAUCCGAGAGCAACAAUGAACUGGCAAUGCAUGAAAGUCAGUUUUGGGAUGCAAGAAGAACCCUCUCCAGCUAUCCUUUUGCAGGCCAUGAUUCUAGAUGUACCCUCAUUGCACCAACGUCGGCUGAAAUUCCGGUACUCGCUGGAAGUGCCGAUUGA